CUGACAAAAUCCAUAAACAGACGUUUUCGGUAGAUCUAUAAAUAAGAAGUUGGAAAUUAGCUUUACCCAGUGAGUUUCUCUUCGACUGAUCGAGAGAAAGCGAGAGAGACAGCAAGACUUCUGAAACACUUGUGGUAUACAGUGACAUAUAACGGUAUCAAACAGGAACAACUGAAGAUGUUUUCUCUGCGCAUUGCUGCCAUUGCUGUGCUGCUGUUGCCGCUGAUUGCCGCCCAGAAAGGCAUUGUGCUUCUUCGGUCCCAAAAUUUUGGGGCCCACACUUGGGGACUGAGGGACAAUGGCGACGCGUACAUCAACCAGGGCUACAGCGGGCAUGCCUUUCGCAUUGUGCCAGGGUUAAGCGGGAAGAAGGACGGGAAGAAGACCGUCUCCUUCAUGUCCCUGGAACAUCCAUGCUCCUAUCUCCGUCACUAUAAUUACUUCCUGAACCUCGAAAGCUCGAAGAAUCCAAGGAAUGCUAACAUCUUUGACGAGGACGCCACCUUCGUUCCUCGACCUAACCUUUUCUUCCAAGGGUACACGGCCUUCGAGUCGGUGAACUUCCCCAACCACUUCAUCCGCCAUGCUGGCUACAGGCUGCAGAUUCGUCCGAACGAUGGCUCUCUUUUGUUUAAGAGGGAUGCCAGUUUCAAGCCAGAGAAGAUUGGUAAGCCGAAAGGAUGUGGCGAGUAAACUCGUGUCAGUCACGUCUAGGCCGGGGACGUUUGAUAUGCA